AUGAAAAUUGUUUCUACAAAGUUUGUGUUGACAUUUGAGAUCGUGACAUGCAAUAGCGUGUUUGUCUUUGACGCGGUUCGGGAAAUCAUUUGCACAGCCGAAGCGCUCUUGAAGGGGCUCCUGGCUCCGGCAGGCCACGAGAGGUGGCGUCAGAGUGUGUGUGCGGAUGGCACAGAGGGCAAUGAUGCAGUGAUGUCGGAAGAGCAGCUUGGUGUUUUCUGUAAUUUCUUUGGGCUCACAGCAUACACGCAUAGAAACAGGGUCGCGAUGCUAGGCACGGCUGGGGGUGCUUACGCUUUUCACAUAAGCCAGCAAUGCCUUGCUCCUGGGCAUUGGACGUACGAGUGCAAGAAUGGCAGCACCUACCAGGUCCGCGCUAGUGCCUCGCGACAGCUCAAGCAGAAACGCUUCAAGCAAGCUUUCCUAGAAGAGGAGGCGCCAGCAGUGCCCCACAACGCCUUCCUGGGCGAUGACCGCAUGCGAUUUGGGACCAGGAAAGACCCAGCUGCGCCGCCAGAGAAGAAGCCAAAGACAGAGAAGGAUGCGAAGGAAAAAAAGGAGAAGAAGGAGAAAAAGAAGAAGAAAGAGUCCUCCUCAAGCUCCAGUGACUCCAGUGAUUCGAGCUCCUCCAGCUCGAGCUGA